AUGGAGGUGGACGAGUUUUCCAAGAAGUACCUGACGAUCAACACCACAAAGGGCCUCUAUCAGUACAACCGCCUGGUCUUUGAUCAGCUCACAGUGAACCAAGGAUGCACCUUAUGGGGAACGAGGGUUAUUGUACCACCAAAGCUGCGUUCCAGGGUGCUGACUGUACUACACGAAGGGCACGUAGGCGUGGUGAAAAUGAAGAGCCUAGCCCGAAGUUCUGUAUGGUGGUCUGGAAUUGAUGAACAGCUGAAGACAAUGGCCAAGAAAUGCAGUGUGUGUCAACAGACCCAAAAGUCACCAUACAUGUACUUAGUUGUGGUUGAUGCACACUCAAAGUGGCCCGAGGUUUUCUGUACAAAGGCAGCAACCUCUUUAAAGACUGUUGACCUCUUAAGAGCCUUGUUCUCACGCACAGGCCUGCCACAUCAGAUCAUGAGCGACAAUGGAACACCUUUCACUUCUGAAGAAUUCCAGCGUUUUGUCAGAAAGAAUGGCAUACAACACACCACCAUUGUGCCAUAUCACCCAGCUUCCAAUGGCCAAGCAGAACGCUUCAUUCAGACCUUCAAGCAGUCCAUCAAGGCCAUGGACAAGGACAGUGGAUCACUGCAGCACAAGAUCACAAACUUCCUGUUGGCAUAUCGAUAG